UUCAGAGCCAAGCAGAGCAUUUACAGUUUAUGGAGACCACAGGGACAUGAGGGAAAAGGAAGAAUUCCAUUUAAAAAAGCAAAAUAUCACUCCUUGAAGUGAUUUAUCAUCAUUUCUAAGUUCAGAUAUCUCUAAAACUCUGACUUCUAUAUCUGUGAAUACUCUAUAUUCUAUUCAUUUACAGACUUUCCUGUAAAUUGUGUUUGUGAUGUUCUUCACUGCUGCCUCCAGGGUUAGGGUUAGGCUUGUAUAUCUGAAUACUCACACUUUCCUGUGAAUUGUGUUUGUGCUGCUCUUCACUGCUGGCUCCAGGUUUUCUGUCAUUUUGAGAACGUGUGGAUCAUUGUCAAAUGAAAACAUCAUGCAAAACAUCACAGUUUGCAUUUGUGAUGGUUUAUUGUCAGCAGCUGCCGUUCGGUGAGCACAAAGAACAGACACCAACAGGUUGGUAUUGAGUAUUUUUCUAUUUAAAUUUUCUUUUAUUCAGAAUGAAUCAACCUCAUUGUAGUGAUUUGUUUAUAAAUGUCUUGAAUCUAAACCUCAGUGCAAAACUGUUAAAACGACACUGUACAGUUGAAUAUUUCAAUAUUAUGAGGAAUUAAUAGGGUUUGUGUCCUAUUAUUUUAGCACUUCUAUCAGUCACUUUUUUAUUAUUAUUUUUAGCCUUUUAAUUGAGGUUUUUUUAGUUUGUUUCUUUCACAUUUAGUUUUAAGUGCACAUAAAUAGUUUGUAUUGUACGGAACUGACUUGCUGUAAAUCUUGUAUUAAGAUUUUCACAUUAGAUUCAAUACUGAUCCAUUUUUUUCUAUCUUUGCAGGAAUUUGCAUCCACAGCUAAUAACUGGGCCCAGUUCAUAUCUGUUAACUAAUUGUUUAUAGUUUUAUGUAGAACCUUAAAAUAGUCUUUAUUGUCAUUGUGUGAACAAUGAAAUUAGGAGUGCUACUCAGUGCAACGAUAUGAAUAAAAAAACCUAAUACUUCAGAAAAUACGAAUAUAAAAAAAGAAUAUAAAAUUGCAAAAACUAAAUAAAAGAUAUGAAAUAAUAGAAUAUCAAAUUUUACGAAAAGCACAAUAUAAUAGAACUAAAGCAACUAUAUUUUUGGACAGUUAUUGUGUAUAUUUGUUUAAUUACUUUAUUACCUCCGCCAAGUGUAACGGCGGAGGUUAUGUUUUCAUCUGGGUGUGUCUGUUUGUUUGUUUGUCUGUUAGCAAGAUAACUCGAAAAGUUAUCAACGGAUUUUCAUGACAUUUUCAGGAAAUGUUGAUACUGGCACAAAGAACAAAUAAUUAAAUUUUGGUGGUGUUGUGGGGGGACUAAUCUGCCUUGGUAGAGGUCUGCGCUCUCCGAGUGCUUUUCUAUUUGAUAAUAUAUUAUCAACAAAUUGCUGUUUUAAAUAUUGUCUUAAUAGAGUGUUUUAAUAUGUAUAUCUCAUAGAUAGAUAGAUAGAUAGAUUUUUUUCCUCUAUUUUUGUUGUUGGAUUGAUAAUUUCUAUCCUGCUUCUUUGUAUUAAACUUGAAUGGAGGGACUGUAACACCCAAUAAUUCUCCCCAUGGGAUUAAUAAAGUAUUGUGAUUGUGAUGAUUCAGAAAAGCAGAACAAAAAUAAGAAUACACAUAAAAUACCAACAGACACAAUAUUAACAGUACGUUGAUGGUCUAAUAAUUUUUUCCGUGACUGUAUAUCUAUGAACUCAAGUCUAUUUAAAACAGUUCAUUUAUGUUUGGGUAAAUAUUGAAUAAAUAUUACAUUGUUAUUGCCAGGAAGAUUAUUGCAGAAAUAUAGUAGACCAUGUAGACACACAUCUGUAUUCCACUUGGUUCCACCGUCUUCUAAUCCUUUGUGUUUUUUCAGUUUUCAGAGUUGAGGACCUAUGGAGAACUCUUCAGUGUCCACGUCCCAUGAUCUAACCCCUGGAGUCUUCAUCGUCGGUGGUGGUGGGUCGAGUCCUGUUCCCCUGGCAGGUCUGCAUGGACCGGUACCUGGCCGUCGUCCAUCCGGUGGCGUUCAUUAGGUACAAACAGAUCCAGUAUCGAGGAUCUUGUCUGGCUGUUCUGUGGCUUUUUGCCAUCGGUUGUGGCCUGAUCAACAUCUUCUUACCCAUGAAUUUCACGGCGGUUUCCAUCUUCGCAUUUGCCGUGUUUCUUCCCAUCCUGUCCACAGAGAUCUUCUGCAGCCUGUCCAUCGUCCGGAUCCUCAGAAGAUCUGGUCCAGGACACAAGGAGUCCCAGGAAAAGAAGGAGGCCAACCAGCAGAAGAGGAGAGCCGUCCAGGUCAUCUGUGUGGGUCUGCUGAUGCUGGCUCUCAAUAACUUCCCCUUCAUUCUGGUGCCUUUUUUCAAUGUUGACACAGAGGAGUUCCUUACUGCAGCGUUAGGGUUGUCGUGUCUGGGAAGUCCAAUCCAGGCUGUUUUGUUCCUCAGUAGGUCUGGGAGAUUGUCCUGCAGAAGCAUCUGCUAAAGGAAACAGAACAUGCUGCACACUUUUAAUAUCCCAAAUAUAGUGUCAGAUUCUGUUGAAAGUUACUGCCCUCAAGGUCAACUAUUUUCAAUAUUCUUCUGCUCCAUGCCAAAAUACAUCCACAGUGUAAAU